AUGACAACUUUGUUACGAACACUUAUUGUCAAUAUCACCUAUCAAAGAAAAAUCAAGAAGGUGAGAGUUUUGUUAGACAGUGGUUCGCAAAGGUCGUAUGUAAAAGCCAAAGUUGUUGAAGAAUUAGGAUUGAAUGAGACUGGCACAGAAAUAAUAGGUCACACAUUAUUUGGAGGUAUGGAUCAGCUUGCUAAGGUAUAUAAAUGCUUUCAUGUUUUAGUAAGUAGCUUAGACAAUAGGUUUUCUGUUAGAAUCAAUGCAUUACAGCAGUCUGAUUUAUGUGGGCACCUGCCAAAAGUUAAUAAUGAAAAAAUAUUAGAGAAGUUACGGGACUUGAAUAUUGUGAUCAGUGAUUUUGAUUAUACAGAUACUGAGAUAAGUCUCUUGAUUGGGUCGGAUUACUUAGGAUCCAUUAUACAUAAUGAAAUGGUUAGUUUAGGGAACAACCUGAUGGCUGUUAAUACCAAGUUAGGAUGGACAUUACAGGGACCAAUAAAAGUUCAAAGUACAGUCAAUACAUCAAGUACUACAUGCUUUUCAAAAACAAAUCUUUCUGAUUUGUGGAGUAUUGAGUUAUUGGGAAUUCGAGACCCUUAUGAAAAUAAGUCUAAAAAGGAUACUGAAGUCGAGGUUUUGAAAACUUUCAAUGAUAACAUUUCAGUAAAUGCACAAGGACGCUAUGAAGUCUCAUUGUUAUGGAAAGAGGGGUGUGCAGGACUCAAGACAAAUGAAAUGAAAUAUGAAGUUGCAUUUAAACGAUUGAAGUCAACCACAAAAAAGUUAAAGUCAACUGGUGACCUAAAAAUGUAUGAUCAUGUUCUGCAAGACUGGAAGAAAAGGGAUAUCAUUGAGAGGGUUAUAAAUGAUACAAAUACAGGCCACUAUUUGCCACAUCAUAGUGUUAUUAAAUUAUCUAGUAUGACAACACGUGCACCUCCAGUAUUUGAUGCAUCAAAUACUGGUUACAAAAGACAACAAUGGAUGGACUCUUAA